AUGGCGGCGCUGCAGAGCUGGCGCAAGGCGUACGGCGCGCUGAAGGACACCACCACCGUCAGCCUCGCCAACCUCAACUCCGACUUCAAGGAUCUGGAUGUCGCGAUCGUGAGGGCCACCAACCACGUGGAGAGCCCGCCCAAGGAGCGCCACCUGCGCAGUGCGUGGAUUCCUCCCAUGUUCUCCUUUAGGAACUACCCGGAUCGUCGUGCGCUGUGGUUUCUCCAGCAUUUCUCGAUUGUGGCGGUGACGUCCAUCGCGAGGCCACGGGCGGAUGUCGCCUACUGCAUCCAUGCGCUUGCCCGGCGACUCGCCAAAACCAGGAACUGGAUUGUUGCUCUGAAGACACUUGUAGUGAUCCAUAGGCUUCUUCGGGAAGGUGAUCCUGCAUUCCGCAAAGAGUUUCUAACAUUUACUCAGAGAGUGCGGAUUUUGCAGUUGUCAAACUUCAAGGAUGAUUCCAGCCCAGUUGCUUGGGAUUAUUCUUCAUGGGUUCGCUCAUACGGUUUAUUUUUGGAGGAAAAACUAGAAUGCUUCAGGGUCUUGAAGUAUGACAUUGAAGCCGAGCGUUUAUCAAAGCAAGGUCAAGGACCUGAAAAGGGACACAGUAGAACUAGGGAAUUGAAUUCUCAGGACUUGCUGGAGCAAUUGCCAGCACUGCAGCAAUUGUUAUAUCGACUUAUUGGCUGUCGGGCAGAAGGAUCUGCAAAUAACAAUUAUUUGGUGCAAUAUGCUCUAGCCCGGGUUCUUAAAGAAAGCUUCAAAAUUUAUUGUGCAAUAAAUGGUGGAAUUAUCAACCUUGUUGACAAGUUCUUUGAGAUGCCAAAGCAUGAAGCACUAAAAGCCCUUGACAUUUACAGGAGGUCUGGCCAGCAGGCUGGAAACCUAUCUGACUUCUAUGAAAGUUGUCGGGGUUUAGAGCUCGCAAGAAAUUUCCAGUUUCCCACUUUGAGAUUUGAUUUCUCUUAUUUUCAGCCACCACAAACAUUCCUUUCAACCAUGGAGGAGUAUGUGAAGGAGGCUCCACGUAUGAUGCCAGUUAUAGAGCCACUGGAGCUUCCUCAGCGGCUUCUUCUGACGUACAAACCAGAAGAAGAAGAAGUUUGUGAGCCUGUUCCUAUUGUAGAGGAGAAACUGCAAGUUGUUGAAGAACCUGCUCCAGUUCCUUCUUCCCAAAUAGCUUCGCCUCCCAAGCCUGAGAUUGCAGAUACUGGUGAUUUACUGGAGAGCAACGCUUUGGCCUUAGCAAUUCUUCCGACAGGUGUUGAUAAUUCAACAACUACACAGCAAGAUAGAGGAUUUGAUCCAACAGGAUGGGAACUUGCUCUUGUUACUACAAGCAGCAACAUGACUCCACUGUCUAUGGAGAGUAAUUUGGGUGGUGGAUUUGACAAGCUCACAUUGGACAGCCUAUACGAUGAUGGAAGCUACAGGCAGAUGCAGCAAUAA